AUGUGAGUUGUCUUUCAUAACCGGUGUAUUUCACCAGUUAGAAAUUUACUUGGAUUGUUUUGGUAUUUUUAAAACAAUUUAUAUAAUAAUAACAAUAUCAUCCUAAAUACAACAUGAAGGGUCGAUUUAGCACCAUUGAUGUAAAUGUUGUUGUUAAAGACCUUCAAAAACUAUUGUCUCUGAGAGUUAUUAAUGUUUAUGAUGUUGACCACAAAACAUAUUUAAUUAAAUUAUCAUUACCUGACAACAAAGCAGUUUUGGUUAUUGAAUCUGGCAUCAGAAUACACAGCACUGAAUUUGAAUGGCCCAAACAUGUGGCUCCCUCUGGAUUUGCUAUGAAGCUUCGGAAACAUCUCCGGGGUCGUCGUUUGGAGGCUGUGCAUCAGCUUGGCAUCGACCGAGUUGUUGAUUUACAGUUUGGUUCAUCAGAAGCAGCUUACCAUGUAAUAUUAGAGAUGUAUGAUCGUGGAAAUAUUGUUUUAACAGAUUAUAAUUAUGUUAUCUUAAAUAUUUUGCGGCCUCGGUCCAAUGAGAGUGAAGAUGUAAAGCUAGUCGUUCGAGAGAGAUACCCAGUUAGCAGUGCCAAGCAAUAUGAACCUAUUGAACGUGAAAAAAUUUACUCCAUUCUUAAGGAAUCCAAAAAUGGAAACCUACUCAAACGGACACUACUUCCUGCAACUGAUUUUGGCCCUGCUCUUAUAGAGCAUUGUCUUCUAAGUGCAGGAUUUAGUGAUGGUGUCAAAAUUAAUGAUGGCUUCCACAUAGAUACAGAUUUUGACAAAUUGAUGAAUGCUUUAGAAAAAGCUGCUGAACUGUUUCAAAAUCUCUCAACACAGAAGACUAAGGGAUAUAUAAUACAGAAGCGAGACAUGAGACCUGCAACUAAAGGAGAGGAGACAAAAGAGCUUUUAAUAUAUGAUGAAUUCCAUCCAUAUCUUUUCUGUCAGUAUGAAAAACGGCCUUUUUUAGAAAUGGACAGUUUUGAUAAGGCUGUUGAUGAAUUUUUUUCUAAAUUAGAAACCCAAAAGUUAGAUAUGAAGAUAUUACAGCAGGAAAAAAUUGCAGUGAAAAAAUUGGAAAAUGUGAAAAAGGAUCAUGAAAAAAGGAUGCAAGAAUUACAAAAAGUCCAGGAGCUGGAUACUUUAAAAGGUCAGUUUAUUGAAUACAAUCUAACAUUGGUUGAUCAAGCCAUAAGAGUUGUUCGGAGUGCUUUAGCCAAUCAAAUCAAUUGGACAGAAAUUUCUGAAUUACUGAAACAGGCUCAACUGCAACAAGAUCCAGUUGCUUGCUCCAUUAAAUCCCUAAAAUUAGAAACUAAUCACAUCACCAUGCAUCUCAAUGAUCCUUAUAUUGAUAGUGAUGAAGAAGAGGAUGAACAACCAAAGUCUCUGAUGAUUGACAUUGAUCUUGGUCUCAGUGCUUAUGCCAAUUCUAAAAAGUAUUUUGAUAAUAAGAGGCAAGCUGCCAAAAAGGAACAGAAAACCAUUCAUGCUUCUGCUAAAGCUUUGAAAUCUGCUGAGAGGAAGACAAAGGAAACAUUAAAAGAUGUUGCUACAGCAGCUACAAUUAACAAAGCACGUAAAACACAUUGGUUUGAAAAGUUCCUUUGGUUUAUCAGUUCUGAGAAUUAUGUUGUUGUUGGAGGUAGAGAUCAGCAACAGAAUGAGAUUUUAGUGAAGAAAUAUUUAAGGCCAGGAGAUCUCUAUGUCCAUGCAGACCUUCAUGGUGCUAGCAGUGUUGUUAUCAAGAAUCACACAGUGAAACCUGUUCCCCCGAAAACACUAAAUGAAGCUGGAAGCAUGGCUAUAUGUAAUAGUGCUGCUUGGGAUGCCAAAGUCAUCACAAGUGCUUGGUGGGUGUACCAUGACCAAGUUUCAAAGACUGCACCUACUGGAGAAUACCUUACAACGGGUAGUUUUAUGAUUAGAGGAAAAAAGAAUUAUCUCCCGCCAUCAUAUCUUGUCUAUGGGUUUGGUUUGCUCUUCAAACUAGAGGAAGGUAGUGUGUUUCGUCAUGCAGGAGAACGAAAGGUGCGGGAAGUUGAAGAGGAGGAUAUGAUUGAAAUGACUGAAUCAGAUGCUGACAAAAUAGCUUCAAUGGAUGACUCUUCACAGAAUGAAAGCAGUGAAGAUGAAACUAAUGCUGAUCAAGAGCAAGUCAAAGUUCAGAAGAAAAGUAGUGAUGAUGUUGAUGCAGAAUCUAUUUCAAUGUCUAAAAUUAAUAAGGACAAUAAAAGCAAGUCUGUUCAUUGGAGUAAAGAGACUGAGGAAGCAUUGUUUCCAGAUACAACCAUUAGUCUGAAGUACAGUGGAGAAAAAAGAGACAAAAAAUGCUUUCAAGAAGAGAAGAAAGUUAAGGAUGCAGUAAAAGGUGGUCGGAUGUCAGCAAAGACAAGGAGAGAUUUACGCAAAAGUAAAAGGCAAGGUCACAACUCAGCUGAAAUGAUUGACCAGGAGAAAACUGAAGUCACAUCUUCAACACGACUGAAAGAAGACCUUUGUGAGACCAACAGUGAAAAUCUACCAUUAAGCACUGUUUCAUCUGUGAAGCAAGAACCUUUAAAAAGAGGCAAAAGAAACAAGUUGAAGAAGAUAAAAGAGAAAUACAAAGACCAAGAUGAGGAAGAACGUCUCCUCCGUAUGGAAUUGCUUGCUUCUUCUGGUCCAGCUAAAGAAAGCAAGAAGAAGAAAAAACAGAAAGAUAGCACUCCAAAAACACAACAGAAAUUGAGGGGUCAUAUUCCUGAGAAGUUGAAGAUGUCCACUGAAAACCCUGUCAUUAGGCAGACAGCUGAAUUAUCAGAGACCACAAAUGAGACAAACACAGAUGAGAUGAAAACAGUAAAAGGAAAAUUACCAAAUGAUAACCAAGAUGAGGAAUCUGAUGAAGACAAAAUGGAUGAAGAGGAUCUGACUCAACAAGCAACAGAUGCUCAAGUGUUAGACUCACUCACUGGAUGGCCAGUUGCAGAGGAUGAAUUAUUAUAUUCAAUAUGUGUAGUGGCCCCGUACAACACCCUUCUUAACUACAAGUAUAAAGUGAAGUUGUUACCAGGAUCUACUAAAAGAGGCAAAGCUUCUAAAACUGCCCUUACCAUGUUUUCCCAAGACAAAACUGCCUCAAGUCGAGAAAAAGAUUUGAUAAAGAUAUUAAAGGACUGUGAUAUUUCUAGAAAUAUUCCUGGAAAAGUAAAAUUAGCAGCUCCAAAUUUACAAAAACAGAAGAAACAGAAAUAAUAGUUCCAUUCUGAAAAUAUUUUGUAUGACAUUUAUGGGACAUACAAGAGAAAGAUAGAUAUUAAAAAAAAAAAAAAAAAACAGCAAAGACCUGUUUAUGAUUCCAAUGAAGGUGCUAUUGUUGUGUUGUAAAAACAAAUACAAUAAACUGUUGCUGCUUUUAUUUUCUUCAACAUUUGUUAAUUAAAAAUACCUCCCACACCAUUUAAA